UAACAUCAUCCAAUCACCACGCAAAGAUACACCAUACGUCAUUUCCAACGGACCGAUAACAUGUCCGGCUGCAGACAGCGCUAGCAAGGAAUCAAGUUGUUUAAUGUUACUCCCAAGUAAAAAGGCGGAAAUGCCGUUUCAGUACAAAUUUCAGACAGCUUAGUAUAACAGCCACAGUUGCUACUGAAAUAAAUAUUUUGUUGAAAUUACGACACUUACGCAGGAAUGAGCGACACUUAUCAAGUAAGACUGGCGAAAAAGUAGCUAGGUCGGCUGCUAGCUGUUGUUAGCAAGGGAGUUCUUUGUUUUGUUUUUCAGGGGGAAGUCCGUGUAAACAUGAAGUGAAACGAACUCUUGUGGACAUUUGUUUUAACAUUUUUCGAUUAGGUAUAUAUUAUAAGCAUGGACACUGCAUCUUUGGUAUUGGGAGCUGAACUGUAAAUUAAUGGUUUCUGGGAUAUAAGACUAAACUAACAUUAGCCAUCGAGCGCUAGUUUAGCAACAAAAAGAUCUGAUUGUUUUAACGUCGGUCAGUGAAGGAUUCGGAGACAGGACAACAUGGGCAACUGUCUCAAGUCCCCGACAUCAGAUGACAUAUCCUUACUGCACGACUCCCAGUCAGAUAGGGCGAGUUUCGGUGAUGGCAUAGAUCCAGACAUGGAGCCUCCUCCACCGUACCAGGAGCAGGCUCACAUGCCCAUGUACCAUCCCACGCCUAGUCAGUCUCGUCUUGCCACCCAGCUGACAGAGGAGGAGCAGAUCCGCAUAGCUCAGCGUAUUGGCCUCAUCCAGCACCUCCCUAAGGGCGUUUAUGAUGGAGGACAAGAUGGUUCAAAGAAAAAGAUCAGAGAAUGCGUGAUCUGUAUGCUGGACUUUGUAUACGGGGACCCCAUCCGGUUCCUGCCAUGUAUGCACAUCUACCACAUGGAUUGUAUAGAUGACUGGCUGAUGAGAUCCUUCACCUGCCCCUCCUGCAUGGAGCCUGUGGAUGCUGCCCUGCUCUCCACCUAUGAGACCAACUGAUUUUUCACCCCUCUUCCUCUACACUUAGCCCAAACAUGACCAGUCCUGUGCUAAACCUAUACAGAUAUCCAACAGCUUCCCUCUUAUUGUGAGAGGAGUUCUGAAUAUGUGUUUGCUUUUGUCUCACACUUUGAAAUUUUAAGAAUUUACUCAUCUGAUGUUGGCCCUCCACCCCCCCAGGACUAAAUAAGCUGGUCUUAAACAUCAGUUACAUGAUUCAAUGAAAAAUGUUUUCAGAUGACCCUGCAUGAUUGUGUAUGUGUGUUUGUCAUGCUGAAGCAGCAUUCAGUAGUGUUGCAGGUGACAGUGAAUACAUGCAAUUUGUGUAUGUGUACUUGUAUGGGUAUACAUUGUGAGGACCAGUUGUGUACUAUGGAACUUAGUGCAUUUGGCCCUUUCUCUUUCUGAUAACCCUUCAAAGCAUUGUUAGAGGGCCAUGACUUGGUUUUAGGGUAAGUGCAGAAUCAGGUUUAAGUUAGGGUAAAAAUGGGUUAAGCUGUACAAACGUGUGUUUGUCAGAGACCUGUUUGUGAGUUUCCACUUGAGCUGGUCUCAGUGGUGUUUCUCCCCAACUGACAACAAUUCAUUCCCAGUUAGUCAUGAUUCAAAUGGAUGAUUAGGAUAAAUUAUUGACCAAAUUGCUAAGAGGUGUUGCCAGAAAUCUUGAUUUUUUUUUUCUGUAGCAACAUUGACAUCUUCUUAACAUGCUGUCACAUUAAAGUGGCCCUGCACUUUAGAGAUAUGGGAAUACACAGCUGAAGUUUACACUGUUUUUGUUGAUUAACAAAGAAGAAGUUGCUUUUCAUUUAGUAAGGAUUACAGUAUAUACAUACAUAUAGCAUAUAGCACACUGAAAUGCUUAAUGGACAUAAAGAUCAUAAGACGUUUGUUUUAGGCUACUCCAUAUGACCAGACUUUAAAAAAAGCUUUGAGUUGAAGGAAAAAACAAUGACAUGUAAUGUGAAUGUUUCACCAGAGGAUGUGUAAAGAAGCCGACAGCCGAAGUAAAGGGCUCAUUUGUGCAUGGCAGAUGGAUCAGUCAGUCAGAAAUUGGAAAUGCUUGUACACACCUUUCAUCUGAUCCAGAUUUGCACUUUAUUUAUAGGACAGUAUCUAAAACAAUAUAUUAAUAUAUGUACCUUAUAACCUUGCACUAUUGAUACGUCAUUCCUUCAUUUUCUGAGAUGCAAAAGAUACAUAGCUGAUAUUUUCAGAGUUGUCCAGUAGUCGCUUAUCACACUGAAAUAAGCCUGAAGAUGUAUUUCAUGAACUCUGUGAUUCUGUGGUGUGAACCUCCUCCUUGUUGUAUGUUUUUUGUGCCAGUGAAUGGACAGAGGCUUGUUCCAGAUGUAAGGAAGAGACAGAUGUCUUGGGAAAACAUCCUUAUUUACUUUCUUAAUGAGAAUUGCGUGAGAAAAUUGAUACUCCUCUCACAUCUGUGCUUUAACUAUGGAGUAUAAAGACUAGAAACGGGGGUGCUGUUAGGCAAGUUUUAAAAUCUUUUCUAAAGAAGCCUAGCUAGCUUCCCAUGCUUCAAGUCUAUGCUAAGCUGAGCUAGUCACUUCCUUGCUGUAGCUGUAUCUUUAUUGUGAGUAAACAAAAAAGCGUAUUUCCCAAAAUAUCAAAUCGUUCCUUUAAGAUUGAAAUCUGGCAAAUUUUGGAGUCAAUUCAAAGCUGUUAAAUUUAGAAUUAACAUUAUCACAGUGUCACUUUUCUUUAUUAUAUAUCUCAUUUUUCAUUUGUUUACACUAUAAUGAGUGUUUGUUGUUGCUGUAUUUCACUGUAGCAGUAGUUAGAAUACAGUUUGGAAUUUUUGAUGGUGGUGGUGUGGCUGUCUUGUUUUCUGUUACCUGUGUUUUGUCUUCUAACUUCUUUGUUUGUUACAGUUGUGUAAGAGCCACUUUGUAUUUUGGAAAGCAAGUAUCUAACUAUUACACUGGUUUAAGCCUGGCUGUGCAAACCUCUGUCCUAAUGGAAUUUGAGUGUGAGAGAGACUUCUCUUAUGAUGUGAUAGUCACAACUGAGACAUCAAGAUUUCCAUUGAGCUUUUUGUUUGCUGUUUUUCAUUCUAAGUUUAAUCUGAAAAGUUCCUGUAAUCAUCUUUUCUUUUUUUCUCUUUUGAAGGCUAAAAAGCCCUCAUGUAAAAGAAAUAAACAGGAAAAAACA